AUGCCCAAUUCGGAUUUAGAGACGGAAACCGGGGGAGAUACAUCGUCGCGGAGUUUGGAAAAAGAGGAGAGGGAGAGUGGAAAUUCAAACGCCACUUCUUCAAUGCAGGAUCGCGAUGGAGAUACUACUGAUGUUGAAACACCACCACGACGACCAAGCUCACAGGCUUCAAAACCACAUUCACACUCGAAUAUACCCGCAAAUCCCGAUUCCGACCAGGAGAAACCUUCGGUUCCGAAUGAGAUAAAAGAUGAGCGAAUCUUAGUUAAUUGGGAAGGGGAUAACGACCAAGCGAAUCCACGGAAUUGGUCGACGUUAUACAAAAGUUGGAUUACUUUUCUGCUGGGUAUGUUGGCGCUGAGUGCAAGUUUGGGAAGUAGUAUUAUUAGUCCAGCCGAAAAGACAAUUGCGACGUAUGUUGGUGUUAGCUCGGAAGUCAGCGUGCUGAGUAUUAGUUUGUAUAUAUUAGGAUUUGCAUUUGGACCGCUUUGCUGGGCACCGAUCUCUGAGCUUUGGGGAAGGAGAUGGAGUAUGUUACCUGCAUUGUUUUGUCUGGGACUUUUCUCCAUCGGAACGGCUACGAGUAAGAAUGCGGCGUCCAUUUUUAUAACGAGAUUUUUUGGAGGGUUAUUUGGUUCGGCACCUGUUUCGAAUGUUUCUGCCGCGUUGGGAGAUAUGUGGAGUCCCAAAGCUCGAGGGACGGCUGUCACAUUUUAUGCAGUUGCAGUCGUAGGCGGACCAACACUGGGACCUUUGAUUGGGAGCGCUUUGCUUGUAAAUCCACACUUGGGAUGGAGAUGGACGGAAUAUCUAGAAGCCAUUUGGGUUUUUGGUGUUUUUGCAGUCGCUUUGAUUUUUCUACCAGAAGUCUAUACCCCGGUCUUACUCAAGAAAAAAGCUGCUCGUCUCCGCAAAGAAACUGGUAAUAACGCUUACUUUCAUCCACACGAGGAUAUAAAACUAGAUGCCAAGACAAUUAUCACGAAACAUUUCUCACGUCCGCUGCUAAUGCUUACCACCGAACCAAUGGUAACCUGCAUAGCCUUCUACGCCUCCUUCGUCUACGCCAUCCUCUACCUCACUCUCGAAGUAUUCCCCAUCGUCUUCUCCGAACACCGCGGCUGGUCCCCCGUCAUCUCCUCCCUCCCAUUCCUCGGUCUCUUCGUCGGCGUCAAUCUUGCCGUCGUCGUCAACCUCGGCAAUCAACCCCGCUACGCGCGCAUCGUCGACGCAGCAGGCGGACGUCCCGUCCCCGAAGCACGACUCGCUCCCAUGGCACUCGGAGGUAUCUUAUUCGCCAUCGGUCUUUUCUGGUUUGGAUGGACAGCUGCCCCAAAUAUUCAUUGGAUUCUUCCCGUUAUCGCUUCCGUGUUUAUUGGCGCUGGCUUUAAUAUUAUUUUUCAACAGUGUAUUAAUUUCUUGGUUGAUACGUAUGCUCUGUAUGCCGCGAGCGCCGUUAGUGCUAAUACUUUCUUGAGAAGUAUUUUGGCGAGUGGGUUUCCGCUGGUGGCGGGUCCGAUGUUUAGGGGGAUGGGUGUUGGACCUGCAAUGAGUGUUUUGGGUGGUGUGGCUACGCUGGCGAUACCAGUGCCGUUUUUGUUUAUGAAGUAUGGGGUUGCGUUGAGGAGGAAGAGUAAAUUUGCUCCGUUUAAGGAUUAG